UUCACAUAUCAAACACACGUAUAGCAACAUGCAAGCGUGGAUAUUCAGAUCCUCCCAACCUUCCCACAAGAAGAAAUACCCUUCCAACCCCAACUCCCGCCUUCUCACCCUCCUCGCCGCCACACUCGCCACCACUCUCUUCCUCCUCUUCAUCUUCCGCCACACCCUCAUCGACCCCAACAGCCUCUGCAUCUACACCGCCAAACCCCUCCGCCUCACCAACUCUGAGUCCGUCAUCGCCGCCGAGUUCGACGACACACCCCUCACCCUCGUCACCAUCCUCCACUACGCCACCGCGCUCGCGCUCCCGCAACAGACCAAGGGCGAGAUCCGACGCACCUUCGACGUCCUCCAAUCCCUCGCCCCAUGCAACUUCCUCGUAUUCGGUCUCGGCCACGACUCCCUCAUGUGGGACUCCUUCAAUCCACGUGGCACCACGUUGUUCCUUGAGGAAGAUCCCAAGUGGACCCUCGCCGCCCUCCAACGCUUCCCCAUCAUACGCGCCCACACAGUGCGUUACCAGACGCGCCUCUCCGACGCCAAGACCCUCCUAACCUCUUACAAAAGGGAUUGUGGCGGCACCACCUCUACCGGUCAUCCCUUAAAGGGUGACUUGCGGUGCGUGCUGGCACUCAGCAACCUGCCGAAUGAUGUGUACGAUCGUGAUUGGGAUGUGAUAAUGAUCGACGGGCCCCGAGGGUAUUUUCCCGCUGCACCGGGGAGGAUGGCGGUGAUAUACUCAGCUGCCAUGAUGGCGCGUGGGAGGAGAAAUUCGGGCGUGACACACGUGUUUCUUCAUGACGUAGAUAGGGAGAUUGAGAAACAUUAUGCGAGGGAAUUUUUGUGCAUGAAAUAUAGGGUUGGGGGUAUUAGGAAGCUUUGGCAUUUUGUUAUUCCACCAGUUGUUAAUGCUACUGAUAUUAGUCAUGGAUUUUGCUGAAUUUUAU